ACCAGGUAUCACAGGCAUGAUCACAGAUAGAUAGUAUCUAUGUUGCUCGGAUCACCUGAUAUUACCAGGCUUAAAUUGGUCACGUGUCAUCCAGGAAACCUUUUUUUUCUCCUUUGCGAAACAGAGUUGCAAUGACCCGCCUUUACCUCACGUUGAUUGGUCAGAGUUAAGAAGUACAUUGAGCUGAUUGGUGGGACAGAUGACUCUCCUACGAUCAUGUCUAAAUUAAACAACUCCCCUUCUUUAAACGGGUCUAUGUGUAAUUGAUAGCUUCACUCAAAUACAUCGAUAAGAAUUUGUUUAGAUGGUACUAAUUUCAGAAACUUUACGCGAACGGUAGUCAGGAUGGAUACCAAACAGCAUUCCCUGAGCAUAACAUUACAGUCCAGUACAGUAGGAUACAGUACAAAAUUAAAAUCUAAGCAUGUCUGGUAGAAGUGUAGUGGGAAAUGGGUGAUACAGGAAGUAGGUAAACUGUGAGUGUAGAUAUGUAUCUGAUUGGCUGGAGAGGUAUUCAUACAGAAAAGCGGAAGCUACUCUUUCAGGUCUGCUCAUAGUAUUUUACGCAUACGGUCAUUCCGUUUGUUUUGGUCAGUUUAGUAAACAUAUUUUGAAAUGGAGUGUAGUGAAAGUAUCCUGUGUAGCGCUGGAGAGCUGGAGUUGGACCCUGACAUUGUGAGUGAAGAAGCAGGCAAGCUGUAUUCUGAACUGCAGACGGUGAUUGAGACUCAUGGGGCCGGGGUGGUGGAGUCUCUGGUGCCCAUCCUUGUCUGGGUCCUGGAGGGGCUUGCCAGCUGCCGAGCCCAGCUGAGGGAGAGCCAGGAGGAGGGGGAGAAGGGGAGGGUGGAGAGAGAGGAGCUGAUGGAGCGCUACCAAUCAGAGAAGUCCCUGAGGAGAGAGAGCCAAGAGAGGUAUCAUGAACUAGAUGACCAAAGUGAACAGGAAAGGAGGGCCAUGCGAGCCAGGGAGAAGGAGCGGGAGAAGAGAGAGAGAGAUCUGGAGAGGAAGGCUAGAGAACAGGCUGACCAACUGGUGGCCUUGGAGGAGCAGAAAGUUAGUGUUGCCAGAGAACUGAGUUCACUGAAGAAUACUCACAAUAAGUUGGCGCUUGCUUUUCGAGAGCUGCAGGAAAAGAAAAAGGAUUCUGAAAGAGAGACUCUUUCAAGAAACCAUGGACAUGCCAGAAGUUCUGAAACGCAAACAGCCCCACUCCAAGCUGACAAUAGUGUUGACGAUAAAGCUAUUUCGAGAUCACGUGGUCACUCCGAUUGCCCUCCAUUGAGGGAGCCAGCUGCCCCAGGAGUGAAUGUGAUUGACAUUGAGAGAAUGCCAUCCCCAGAUCCGUCUUUUAUUAAUGACAUCAUAAGCUCCACCCCAGAGCUGUCUCAGCUGCAGGACCUAUUGGAUGGCAGCGCACCAAGUCAUACGGUGGUGUCAGGAGCAGGGCCUAGGACCAGCUUGGAGGAGGAGAUGAUGGAGGCAAUGGUGAACGAGGAGGAGGAACAUAGGAUAGAGGAGGCUGUGCUGGGCAAAGACAAUCAAGAUAAAAUGGUGCAGAAGGAAGAUGAAGGCGAAAUUGAAGAGGAGGAGGAGGAAGAUAGUCUGGAACAGGAGCUACGGAACACAGAUUCUGUGUUUUCAGAGCUGUCUGAGUUGAGCCGUGAUUACGUAGACAGCGUUGACCACGGGGCCAGUGUCCGAGGCAGCGUGGACCAGUUGGAGGAGAUUCUUUCUCAGUUUGAGGAACUGAAACACACCCAUGAAUUGGUAGACGCAGCCCGCAAGGCUCUGAUAUCUCGGGUGGAAGAGCUGACCAACGAUCGCUUAGCUGUUAAACUGGAACUGACCUCUUCGCAGGAAACGGCCUCUCAUUUAGAGAGCAGGAUGAAGGAAAUGGAGCAGGAAGCCAAGAGGCUUCGGAAAGAACUGGAGACCUGCCAGUCUGAAGACCCUGAUGGCGCUCUACCCACAUCGAUGCGCCGUUUCUCAAGGUCUGAGAUGGCUCGUGUGGUCAUGGAGAAGAACCAGUACAAAGAGCGUCUGUUCGAGCUGCAGGAAGCAGUGAGGCGGAGUCAGGUCCUCCGUGCCACUAAAGAUGUGAGGAUAACAGAGGAGAGACAGAGAAGUGUUUGGGGCAGGUUUCACCGUCUGUUCGGCCGGCCCAGGGAGCCUUUUGUCCUCGCUGCUGCUCAGGGCUUCGCCCAGGCAACGUCCCCUGUACUCAGUCGCUCUCCGCUGCGAUCCCCACAACUACAGACUGUCAAUCAGACUCGGACGGAAUUAAUACACGAUGGACAUUCCUCUAGCCCUGUGUCCCCUGCUGCUCUCUCUCCACGUGUCAGGAAGAGGGAACUCUACAGGGAGGUUCGCUCCCACAUCUGGGGAACGCUGGGAAAGCGGCAGCUCAAUGGAUGGAGCGUGCCUCUGUCACACACACAGGAGUCAAUGGAGUCUACCCCUGAGCCUAAAGAUGUGCCCGCUCUAUUGCAACUCCGAAUGCUGGAUCAGAGAGACCCUAGCGCUAAGCUCAACUGUGCCGUUGCUGUGACAGCGGAGAUCUCGGGAGAAGCUGCGUGCUCUGUGUGGCUCAUGUCUGGCCUGGGCUCCUCCAGUGAAGUCACAGUGAUCGACCCGGCACGCUCCAACACAGUGCUGGACCAGUUCAGCCUGCCCCCUACCUCACCUGCCCUCUGCAUCUGUGCUGUGCCCCCUACUGGCAACACCUCAGGAACUGUAUGGAUUGGAACUCAGGAAGGAAGUGUGCUGGUACAUUCAGCCUCGACAGGAAGAAGGCGAUGUAUGCAAUCAAUUUCUCUCUCGGAGGGUGUGCACUCCCUCACGUAUUCCUCCAACCAAGUCAUAGCUGGCCUAGCUGACGGGGCACUAGCUUUUUUCUCUCACAAUGGAGGUGGCUGGGACCUCCCCUCACACCAGGUGAUGAACCUUGGCACCACGCCCCUCCAGCCCCUCCGCUGCUGCCUGGCUAAAGGGGGCCGCUUGUGGGUUGGAUACUGGAACCGGGUCCAUGUAGUGGAUAUUGAAAGCAAAAAGGCUGAGCAAAACUUCUCGGUCUCUGAGCGCAGCGAGCAGCAAGUGCGCUUCCUGUGCGCAGCAGGAAGUGGCGUCUGGACGUCCUGCCGCCUGGACCCCCUGCUCAGGCUGUUUGAUUGGUCCAGUGGAAGGCCGCUGCAGGAGGUGGACCUGACUCCUCUGGUCACUAAGACGCUAGGUCAAGCCUUCCUGUCCAUAUCGCCUCUUCAGAUCUCUGCUCUAGCCAUAAUCUCCAGCUGUCUGUGGUUGGGGACUGGCAGCGGUGCUAUCUUCUCCAUCCCCUUGACCAUCACCUCAGAGUUGCUGUCCAUCCCAUACUGCUCUCUGGCGGCUGCCCAGUUGUGUUACCAUGGUCACAGACAAGCCGUCAAAUUCUUCAUCGUUGCACCUAACUGCUUGACGACAUCUACUGGUGGGGAUAGUUGUGCUCCAUCACAGUUCAUCCUCAGUGGAGGAGAAGGCUACAUCAACUUCAGAAUCGGAGACGAUGCAAGUGAUGGCUCCACUGAGCUGCCCCAAACAACACUCAGCCGUUCUGAACGCAGUCACAUGAUCAUCUGGCAAAGCCCCACCCCUUCUGUUCCCAGCUCUGCACUCUGACAUGGCUGACCUUAAUGUCCGGAGGUGUUCCUUGAAAUUGUACUACAGCAAUGAUGAAUGAUGCAUUAAAUAGACAAUGUAGUUCAGUUUGCA